AGGAACGGCUGCUCAACAAGAGGUGCGCAAAGGUGAGAAGAGACAACGUGCACGCACGUAGAUGGGAAUACGCUUCUCUGCUCGCCGUCCUUAGCCGUUAUUAGUGUUUUGUAGUACCUUCAUUAUCGUUUUUCUCUUUCGACGGUGUUCAGCGUCACGAUGCCUCCCCGUGCAGCGCGCGCGCCCAAGAAGGACUCCGUGGCGGUGGCGGUCAGGCGAAACUUGAUCACCGCACCCGUCACCCGAGCAAGCAAGAAGGCCACGGCUGCGUCAACGCGCACGACGGCCGCAACACCGAAGCCAAAUGCCUCUCGCUCGCGAGUCUCCAGACGAAAGCAGGGUAUUGUCCCUCAAAAGGCCCCCGAGUGGCAACAGCAGGCAUUAAAGACUGCCGCCGCCGACGCCAAACGUCAAGGAAAGAACAGUCGUACCAGCGGUGACAGAUCCGACACAGGGACCAAAAAAGGCGCUGCGAAUAAGGCCAAGAAAGGCAAAAACGAAGGUGAAGGUGAAGAAGAGGAAGAUGCGUCAGAGCCCGCCGCUUGCUCGGACGGGGACGACACCGCGAACGCCGCCGCCGAAGAGGGGAGUGAGGCGAGUGCCGGAAACGCACGAGGGCGUAAAACAACGAGAGCUGCCGCUGCAGCGAAGCGGCCACGGACGUCUGCCGCAACGGACAGUGAGGCGCCGGGCAAGCGCGCAAAACGGCCGAAGGUGGAGACGCUGCUGUGUCCGCGGUGCAAGCUGCGCAUGGAUCAGUGGCCGUUUUGUGGGUUGUCCGGCGAACCGCACGUGGUACCGGAGGAGUCGGUGGAGACAGCGUCAGAGUCUGCCGUUGCCUCCCCAACGACGGUGGAGUGA